AGCCGCGGCGGCUCGGCGGGUAUGGCAGAGAUGCGGCCGGGGUCAGCGACGGGACAGCAGCUCAACGCGCUGCCGGAUCACUCGCCGCUGGUGCAGCCCGGCCUGGCGGAGCUGCGGCGCCGGGCGCGGGAGGCGGGCGCCCCGCUCGCAGAGCUGCCCUUCACCGACGCCUUUCUGCUGCGGUUCCUGCGCGCCCGGGAUUUCGACCUGGACCUGGCCUGGCGGUUGCUAAAAAACUAUUAUAAAUGGAAAGCAGAAUGUCCAGAAUUAAGUGCAGACCUGAAUCCUAGAAGUAUUCUUGGCCUUUUGAAGGCUGGCUACCAUGGAGUUCUGCGAUCCAGGGACUGCACAGGCAGCAGAGUUCUUAUUUACCGAAUUGCAUAUUGGGACCCAAAAGUUUUCACAGCUUAUGACGUAUUUCGCGUAAGUCUAAUCACAUCGGAGCUUAUUGUACAGGAGGUAGAAACUCAGCAGAAUGGAGUCAAGGCUAUAUUUGAUCUAGAAGGCUGGCAGAUUUCUCAUGCUUUUCAGAUUACCCCAUCUGUAGCCAAAAAGAUUGCUGCUGUACUAACAGAUUCUUUCCCACUGAAAGUUCGUGGCAUCCAUUUGAUAAAUGAGCCAGUAAUUUUCCAUGCUGUCUUUUCCAUGAUUAAGCCAUUCCUGAGUGAAAAAAUUAAGGCACGGAUGCCUGGACCCCCAAGUUAAUAGCAAGACGUGGAGAUCACCUCGGAAUCACAAGCUGUGGGUGCAUCGAAUGCCGGACUGUCAAACUCGAGGUCUACAUUCCUAGAGACCCGGCCCUGUCCUUUUAAGCAGCAAAAUUCUCGGGUGACUUCUAGAAUCUUGGCAGCCUUGUUUGCUGCUUGGUUACCACAGCAGGCGGAGCUGGGACCCAGACCCCACCCCUCGAGGACCGGACUGCCGGUCUCGACUUUGUACUGGUGACUUAGGGCCACGGCGACAUAACACUGGAAAGGGAAGAUUCCCAGCGGCGGAGACCACUUGGUGUCGCCCCAGGCGUCUGCGGAGUCCCGGCAGGGGUCGCUGGCCCAGCGAUGAGGCUGGCGCGCCGCCUGGGCUGCCCGUCCGCGCCUCGUUCCCUCCGCGAGCGCGCGC